AUGACCGAUCUUCUCAGCUUGCCCAAUGAGGUGCUGCUCUUGAUCGCCGGUCACUUGGCCUGGCAGCGAGACAUCCAUCGGUUGGCGCAGACCAACUCUCGUCUGUACAAUUUGCUCGAUCGCCAUCUAUACAGAUACAACGCGGAGAGGGACCAUAGCUCCGCUCUCUUGUGGGGGGCCGAACGAGGACGCGAGGCGACGGUGCGUAAAGCUCUGAGUGAAGGAGCCAACGUGCAAGCCCGAUCCGAGGGCAAUCGGACGCCUCUUUCGUGGGCGGCCAACAACGGCCAUACCGAGAUUGUGCAAUUACUUCUUCGUUCAGAGGGCGUCAAUCCAGAUCAUCCCACCUACGGCGGAGAGACACCGUUGGUCCUUGCCGCCUGGAACGGCCACGAAGAGGUCGUCCGGCUGCUUCUCGCGACACCGGGCGUCGACCCGAACUUCCAAACUGCCAGAGGCGAGACCCCCUUGUCCCUGGCCGCGUACCGCGGACAUACUGGAAUAGUCAAACGAUUGCUCGACACGGGUUGCGUGGAUCCGUAUGCGCAGAAUUUCCGAGGGGAGACGCCGUUGACUCUGGCGACUGGAACGGGAAGACACGAGGUGAUGAAAAUGCUGCUGAACCUACAGAGCCACGGGUUCAGCAGCAAGGUCUCCGACCCUGGACGAUGGAAGAUUGUGGCGUGUUGA